AUGAAACCCUUGGCCGAAUCCAAGACCAGGCUGAGCGAUCACCUUAGUGAGAAGGAGCGAGCUGAACUAAGUGCGGCUAUGCUGGCGUCGGUGCUGACUGCGCUGCGCGACUCCAACGUGUGUGCGACGAUUGUGGUAGGAGGCGACGAAAGGGUACAGUCGAUCGCGUCAGAUCGGGAUGCAGUCUGGAUGCCAGACAGGUUCAACGACCUGAACCUCGCCGUGGAUGAGGCAUUCAGGCGUGUCUGGGACUCAUGUGGUAUAGCGGCAUACCUUCCUGGAGAUCUGCCGCAUUUGACCGACUCGGACGUCGUCAGCCUCAUGGAGGUCGUAUCUCACACGAACGGCAUAACCAUCUGUCCAGCCCAUGAUGGUGGCACCAACGCCUUGGUAGUCCCCGAGGAUCUGGGCUUCGCCCCCCGGCUCGGAAACGAAAGUUACAAGCGUCAUCGGGAACUGGCCACGGAACUUGGCAUAGAGAUUAGGGAACUGUGGACUCCGGGAUUCGAACUGGACGUUGACACGAUAAAGGAUCUUCGAAGGUGCCUGUAUAGCUUGCCGCUGGGGAUCCAGAACUCUUUGGACACAAUCGGAGAAGCGCUGAAGUGA